AUGCAGCAGGGCGAUCGAGUUCGUAUUGCGCGUCAUAACUUUUCAUUUUAUGAACGCUUGCAUAGUUAUAAUCAAUUAGCUUGGAGUUCACGCAUGGCUACUUACAUCGGGAAAGUCGGCAUUGUGAAAGAUGUUACAGUGGAAUCCGUUCAAGUUACAAUUUUUAGUUGGGGAACAUUUGAAGAUGCAACAAUAAUUACAUCAAAUAAUAGCGGCAAUCCGGAUGGACGGAAUCUACCGGAAGUGUGUCGGAAUACCGUUGUUGAGGCGACGUAUUCAUGGCAUCCAAAAACUGUCUUGUUAGCACGAAAUGUUUACAUGUUGGACGGUGAUCGAGCAAUUAUGAUUCGAAAUAAGGAUCUCAGCAAAGCAACGAUGGUAUCGAUCCGCGUUUUGGAUGAGGAAACAUUUGUGCUCCGAUUACCGCAUGCGGAAUCGCUUAUUUGGAGACAAUCGGAAAAUUUGAAUGAUACCAUUUUGCCGAUAUAUUCAGCGGAAAAUUUGAUUGAUCAUAUUCCCUAUUUUUCAUUAGGCCGAGAUUUGUCAGUCCUAAUGCAUGACCGGAAUCUUCCACCACAUUUGACAAAUAUAAAUCGUACUGCGGAACGUGUCGUAUUCGGUACAGUACCAGUGAUACCAAAUGUUACCGAUAUUAUGGAAGCAUUACAUUAUUGGAAUGAAACCGGUGAUGAGAAACAGUUCCAUCUUCUACUUUAUUAUCAUCCGGAAUUGAAAAAUGCUACCAUUAAUGGACAAACACUGUUGAUGUCAGCCGUUCACUUAGGCCUAUGGUCGGCCGUAAUCUUACUGUUAUGUAUUGGUGCCGAAAAGAACGUUACUGAUCCGGAAGGUAACUGUCUGUAUCACAUAGCUGCGAAAAGAGGUCAUAAGCAAAUUAUCGAAGGCUUGUUGAUUUUUUCGGCUGAUGACAUCAAUUGGCAAAAUUUUAAAGGUGAAACAGCUCUGCACUGUUCCAUCUUAAAUGGUCACUUAUCUUGCAUUGAUCGACUUUUAAAUGCACCUUCGAUUGACCCAAAUAUACAGGAUAAUGACGGGAAUACAGCGCUUCAUUUAUUAGCUGAAAUGGAAGAUGCACCAAUUCGUGGCGCAAUGCUUCAUCGUUUACUGUCAAAUGUUAAAAUUGACCAAUUAAUAAUUAAUAAUGAUGGUUUAACUGCGCUGCAACUUGCAAUUAUCGCUAAUCAAAAAGAAGUAGUGGAACCGAUGAUUCGUAUGAAACCAACGCUUCUUCAAUCGGAUCGAUGCUAUUCGCUGUUACCGUUGCAUCUCGCUGCCGCAUACGGUCACAUUAAUGAGUUGGAAAUUAUUCUGAAACAUUCUUCUGAUGUAAAGAAAACAACAAAAGCUGGCCGAACAGCAUUGCAUUUUGCGGUGGAACGUUGGAAUGGCAACGCGGAAAAGGAUGUGCAACGUCUUUCUUGUAUUCAAGUAAUCCAUUAUACAUUUUCCAAAAAUUAUGUUCACAUGGAGUUACUCGUAUCAUUGGGUGUGCCAUUAAAUACACGAGACUGUGACGGUAUGACAGCGUUACAUUUAGCAGCCCAAGCAAUCCAAGGACAAGCUCCCAUAAGUAAUAGUAAAGUGGAGGUUGUAUUACAGAUGAAGAAAUCAAAUAUGCGUUUGGAAGAACUUGCAUCGGUACUUCGUCCGCAAUGGCCCGUUGCGGUAAUGUGCUUUCUAAUAGCGCAGGGAGCGGAUCCGCAAAUUCAUGAUCGUUCCGGAUAUGUUCCAUUCGAAUUAAUUGCCGAACCAACUCUGAAAUCAUUAUUUGAACAAUAUGUUGCUUGUAGGCCAAGAUCGUGCGUGCCAAUGAGUCGUACGAUGGCGCGGAGCUUUGAUAUCAGCGGUGUGACAAUGUGUACUUUUAAUUGCGACGACAAUGUGGCGGACGUGGUUUUCAUCCCUUGCGGUCAUCGAGUGACUACGAAGCAAGUGAAAACAAAGCGUCGAAGAGAUUUUGUGCAUAUUUUGACUGUCACGCAUGAUAAGCUUGCUUCAAUGAUAAUAUAUAUGUUAGAUGGUGAAGAGGUCGAAAUUGGUGGUAAAAUUAUACAACACAAAGAGUGGGCCGACGAUAGAUCGGGCGAAAAAAUCAUGAUCGAUGAGGCUGAAAUGGAAAAGAUUACGCAAGAAGCUGUUGAACGUGUCAAAAAAGCCGUUGAAGAAGAAAAAAAUGAGGUGGUGCGUGAAUUACGUGAUAGGUUAGAACAGUUGGAGCUGGAAGUUACGUGUGCAAUAUGCAUGGAUCAGCGUUGCCACGUUGUAUUUCAAUGUGGACAUACAGCGUGCGUAGAAUGCAGCAAUCCAUCAAAAUUGAAAUUGUGCCAUAUUUGUCGACAAACCAUCAAACGACGUACAACAAUUUAUACGUAA